AUGGCGGCAGUGAAGAACAAGUUUGUUAUUAUUCUGUUAACAUUCGCCAUAAGCCGGUUAUUUCUAACGGUAGGAUUAACGGUCGACCCAACUUUAACGGAGAUUCUCCACGUAGGUCUUGAAGGUGAAGUGAAACUGGAAGCUUCGGAGUUAGAAGCGGUUUCAUUGGAUUUCGGGAGGUUGAGCAGUAGAGGAGAAGCAUUAGCGGUGGUUCGACCAGCGUCGGAAAAUGAUGUGGCGAGGGUUGUUAAAGCGGCGUAUAAUUGGCCGCCGUUCGCGGUGUCCGCGCGAGGGCACGGACACUCGAUAAACGGACAAGCGGAUACGAGAAUGAAAGGUGUGGUGAUUGAAAUGGGGAGAGGCAGUAGGGUUAAUUUUCUUCCUCGAGUGUAUGAGAGAGAAAUGUAUGUGGAUGUUUGGGGUGGUGAAUUAUGGAUACAUGUGUUGAAAGCUACAUUGGAGUAUGGUUUAGCACCCAUGUCUUGGACUGAUUACUUGUAUUUGUCUGUGGGUGGUACUCUUUCUAACGCUGGAAUUAGUGGACAAACCUUUAAUCAAGGUCCUCAAAUCUCCAAUGUUUUUGAACUCGAUGUUGUUACAGGAAAAGGUGAAGUGUUGACAUGUUCAGAAGAUCAUAACUCAGACUUGUUCCAUGCUGUUCUUGGUGGUCUUGGACAAUUUGGAAUCAUCACAAGAGCUAGAAUUGCUCUCCAACCAGCUCCUCAAAGAGUUCGUUGGAUACGAGUUUUGUAUUCGAAUUUUUCGACCUUUAGUAAGGAUCAAGAGUUUCUGAUAUCUCUGCAUGGGAAAGCGGCGAGGCAGAGAUUCGAUUAUGUAGAAGGUUUUGUGAUAGUGGAUGAAGGACUUGUUAAUAAUUGGAGAUCCUCAUUCUUUUCAUCGAGUAAUCCUGUUAAAAUCAGUUCCAUUAAUACCGAUGGAGGUGUUUUGUACUGUUUGGAGAUAACCAAAAACUACCACCAAGGAAAUGCUGAUUCUGUUGAUGAGGAAAUACAAGCACUAUUGAAAAAGUUAAGUUUUAUAGAAACAUCAGUGUUCACAACGGACGUGGGUUAUGUGGAUUUUCUGGAUCGUGUACAUAAGGCAGAAGUGAAACUUAGAUACAAGGGUUUAUGGGAUGUAGCACAUCCAUGGCUGAAUCUUUUUGUUCCAAAAUCGAGGAUAGAAGAUUUUGACAAGGGUGUGUUCAAGGGCAUUUUGGGGAAUAAGACAAGUGGGCCUAUUCUCAUCUACCCUAUGAACAAAAACAAGUGGGACAAUCGGAGCUCGGUGGUGACACCAGAGGAGGAGGUGUUUUACCUGGUGGCAUUUCUGAGAUCAGCUUUGGAUGCUGAGACACUGGAGUAUCUGAGUAACCAGAACCGUCAGAUUCUGAGAUUCUGCCAUGACUCGAAGAUCAAGGUGAAACAGUACCUGCCCCAUUACACAACAGUAGAGGAGUGGAAGGACCACUUUGGAGAUAAGUGGACCCAAUUCAAUGCCAUGAAGAUGCAAUUCGAUCCUCAACGAAUCUUAGCAACAGGGCAGCGAAUAUUUGAUUUUGAACCUUCCACCGUCAUCUCUAAGGAUGACAUGUAA